CCUGCGAAUGAAUUGGAUACCAUGACGCAGUUGACAACGAGCUUCUACAAAUAAAAGAAAGGGUUUAAAUGUUGCUGGCUUGAACAGAACAUUAUUCACUCCAAGGAGAAAGAAAAUCUAUCAUUCGAGUACCACUACUUUCAAUUCAGUUUAAAAAUUGUUCUGGACAUCAAGUGUCUCUUCAUGAACCGAAACUUUAGAUUUGUUGGUGGCUCAAAGAACCCCGGAGGAUGAAGAGACUUUACAAAAACAAACGAACAUCAAAAAUCGUCCAGCCAUGAAUGUAACUACAACGAUACUACUUAUUACAGUCAUCUUUUCCUUGCUGUUCAUAGUGGCCAACUUAAACUCACACAUUCUCUGCUUAAAGAAGAUUCUAUUGAAGACGAAGUAUAUGGAAAGAAACUUAUACAGAUUGCAGAGGCAAGGAGCGACGAACAGUCAAUCUGCCUGCUUUGUAAAAGGAAUGCUGAAAUUGACAAAGGAGAUAAGGAUGGCAAAUACCCCUUUGCAUCUGGCAAUUAAAGGGUAUCAUAUAAACGUAGUCCAGUUAUUACUAAAUGAAGCUACUGCAAAUUUAAAAAAUUUAGAGAAAGCAACACCUCUGCAUGUUGCUACGAAAAUGGACAAAUUGCUCUUUGUUGAUCUUCUCUUAAAAAGUGGUUCUAAAGUCGGUGAAUAGGAUGAAGAUGGUAAAACUCCAUUCCAUAUUGCAGCCGGAAACCCGAAUCCAAACAUCGAAAUAAUUAUGAGUCUCUUGACUCAUGGUGCUUCAUUACAUGCAUCAUGCGAAUAGGGUUACACUCCACUACAUUAUGUUACAAAUUCAGGAAGUGUGCAAAUCACCAAAGUUCGGAUCGAACGAGGAAUGCUGAUUACUUUGGAAGACACCCAUAAUAUAUCUCCAUUUUCUUUGGCCAUCAAGAAAAACAAAACCGAAAUGGUCAAGUUUCUUUCGAAACAAAAAACCGAUGUUAACUCUGUCAUCCCAGGCCAAAUGACGCCCCUGCACUUUGCUGCCGAAACGGGCAAUGAGGAAAUUGUGAAAUUUUUAGUGACGGUAGAAGACCCGGAUAACAUCAAUUCCAGGGGUGAAAAAUUAAGAACGCCUCUCCAUUUAUCUGUGGUAAAUGGGCAUACACAAGUUUCGAAAUAUUUAAUUCAAUGCGGAACUGAAAUUAAUCCACGCACAUCAGAAGGCGAUACACCACUUCAUCUUUCCGCUGCUGCUUGAAAUUUGGAAAUUGUCAAUGAGCUUUUGCAGCGAGGUGCAAAAAUUGAUUCUUUUAAUAUUGCAGGAAUUACACCAAUCGCUCUAGCUACAAAAGCCAGAAGCAAAGAGGUUGUAAAGUUGCUUCUAAGUAAGGGAGUUCGUGCUACACAUUGCCAAAGACCACAUGAAUACUUGCAAGGCUUUGCACGUGGUCAUAUAAUACAGCAUGAUAUGGAUGUGGUUCCAGCUUUUCAUGUUGCAGCCGAAACUGGGGAUGAAGAAGUUGUCAAGAUGUUUUUAGAGAGUGGAGUUGAAGUUGAUUUCAAGAGUAAAAAUAAUAAAACAACUCUUCACAUUGCAGCAACGUGUGGUCACACAACAUUGGUGGAAGAACUUAUUAAAGCAGGUGCUGAUAUUAAUUCAAGGACAAAGUUUAUGGAAACACCACUUCAUCUUGCAGCAGCUGCAGGAAGAGUAUCGACUGUCAAAUAUCUUUUAAAUGCUGAUGCUAAAAUUCGGCCUACGGAUGAAGGAUAUACACCACUGCAUUAUGCUUUGAACCGGGAGAGACAUGAUGCUGUUACAAAUCCAAACAAAACUCUAAUUUUAAGAGGAAAGAGUAGAUUUUUCAAAAAUAUUGUUGUAUCUUUAAAAGAUGUGUCAGUUACUCCAUCCUCUUUUGAGAAGUUUCUUCAAAUCACAGAAUUGCUGUUAAUAAAAAAAGAUUCUCUGAGAGGCGAAGUAUCUGCAAAGACACUAAUACGCAUUGCAGCUGCAAGGGGCCACGAACAGAUAAUAUACCUGCUUUGUAAAAGGAAUGCUGAAAUCGACAAAGGAGAUAAGGAUGGUAACACUCCUUUGCAUCUGGAAAUUAAAGGAAAUCACAUUGAUAUCAGCGCAACACCACUUGAUCUUGCUACAAAAAUGGGCAACUUGCUCUUUGUCGACUUUCUCUUAAAACUCAGUGCUAAAGUCGAUGAAAACGAUAAAGAAAGUGAAACUCCACUGCAUAUUUCAGCCGAAAACCCGAAUUCAAAUAUCAAAAUAAUGAUGAAUCUCUUGACUCAUGGUGCUUCAGUGCAUGCAUCAUGCAAAAAGGGCUCCACUCCACUACAUUAUGUUACAACUUCAGGAAGUGUGAAGAUCACCGAACUUCUUCUGAUGGACCCCGGAGGUUCGAUUACUUUAAAAGACAUCCAUGGCCAAAUGACGCCACUGCACUUUGCUGCUGAAGCUGGCAAUAAGGGAAUUCUCAAGUUGCUAGUAGCGGAAGGAGAUGAUGCUGAAAAUCAGUUCACAACGAUUGACACCACUCACUCAAGCCACAAAAGCCAGAAAGGAAGAGGUUGUAAGGAUGUUAUCAAGGACGUCCUGAAGGCAACCUACGAACGUCCUCACAAUAUUAUAAAGGAUCACGAACAUUAUUCACUCCAAGGUGGAAGAAAAUCUAUCAAGGGUCUCAUCAUGAACCGGAACUUUAGAUUUGCUGGUGGUUCAAGGAACUCUGGAGGAUUUAGAGACUUUACAAGACCAAAUAAACAUCAAAAAUGGUCAAGCCAUGAAUGUAACUACAACGAUACUACUUAUUACAGUCACCUUUUUCUUGCUGUUCAUAAUGGCCACCUUAAACUCACACAUUCUCUGCUUAAAGAAGAUUCUAUUGAAGGCGAAGUAUCUGGAAAGAAACUAAUACACAUUGCAGCUGCAAGAGGCCACGAACAAAUAAUCUGCCUGCUUCGUAAAAGGAAUGCUGAAAUCGACAAAGGAGAUAAAGAUGGCAAUACCCCUUUGCAUCUGGCAAUUAAAGGGAAUCAUAUAGACGUCGUCCAGUUAUUACUAAAUGAAGCGACUGCGAAUCUAAAAAAUUUAAAGAAAGCAACACCUCUUCAUGUUGCUACGAAAAUUGGCAACUUGCUCUUUGUUGAUCUUCUCUUAAAAAGUGGUUCUAAAGUCGAUGAAAAGGAUGAAGAUGGUAAAACUCCACUCCAUAUUGCAGCCGGAAACCCGAAUCCAAACAUCGAAAUAAUAAUGAGUCUCUUGACUCAUGGUGCUUCAGUACAUGCAUCAUGCGAAAAGGGUUACACUCCACUACAUUAUGUUACAAAUUCAGGAAGUGUGCAAAUCACCAAAGUUCUGAUCGAACGAGGAGCGCUGGUUACUUUGGAAGACACCCAUGAUAUAUCUCCAUUUUCUUUGGCCAUCAAGAAGAACAAAACCGGAAUGAUCAAGUUUCUUUCGAAACAAAAAAUCGAUCUUAACUCUGUCAUCCCAGGCCAAAUGACGCCCCUGCACUUUGCCGCAGAAACUGGAAAUGAGGAAAUUGUGAAAUUGUUAGUGACGGUAGAAGACCCGGAUAACAUCAAUUCCAGAGAUGAAAAAUUGAGAACGCCUCUCCAUUUAUCUGUGGUUAAUGGGCAUGCACAAGUUUCGAAAUAUUUAAUUCAAUGUGGAGCCGAAAUUGAUCCAUGUACAUCUGAAGGUGAUACACCACUUCAUCUUUCCGCUGCUGCUGGAAAUUUGGAAAUUGUCAAUGAGCUUUUGCAGCGAGGUGCAAAAAUUGAUUCUUUUAAUAUUGCAGGAUUUACACCACUCGCUCUAGCUACGAAAGCCAGAAGCAAAGAGGUUGUAAAGUUGCUUCUAAAUAAGGGAGCCAGUGCUACACAUUGCCAAAGACCACAUGAACACUUGCAAGGUUUUUCACGUGGACAUAUAGUACAGCAUGAUAUGGAUGUGGUUCCAGCUUUCCAUGUUGCGGCCAAAACUGGAGAUGAAGAAAUUGUCAAGAUAUUUUUACAGAAUGGAGUUGAAGUUGAUUUCAAGAGUAAAAAUAAUAAAACAGCUCUUCACUUUGCAGCAACUUGUGGUCACAGAAUAUUGGUGGAAGAACUCAUUAAAGCAGGUGCUGAUAUUAAUUCAAGGACAAAGUUUAUGGAAACACCACUGCAUCUUGCAGCAGCUUCAGGAAGAGUAUCGACUGUCAAAUAUCUCUUAAAUGCUGGUGCUAAAAUUCUGCCUACGGAUAAAGGAUAUACACCACUGCAUUAUGCUUUGGACCGGGAGAGACAUGAUGCUGUUACAAAUCCAAACAAAACUCUAAUUUCAAGAAGAAUGAGUACAUCUUUCGUUAUAAAUGUGGAUUCUUCAAAAGAUGUAUCAGUUACUCCAUCCUCUUUUGAGAAGUUUCUUCGAAUCACAGAAAUGCUGUUAAUAAAAGGUGCUUCCCCAAUGUCUAGCAAUUAUGAGGGACAUUCUGCAUUUGAUUAUGCAUUUAAAAUAAAAGUAUCGAAAGAUGAACAGUCAGAAUGUUCUUGUAGCUCUCUCGGAGAAGUUACUGCAUCAAAGAGAAUAACAGAUAAUAAUGAAUUUCGUCCUGAAAUUGUUAAAUGUCUCCUUAACUAUACAGAAAAAGUUAGUUUCCUCGAGAAUCCAUUCAAAUUUUCGCUGCGUACCGUAGUCGACUUAAAGUGUUUAUCGUUAAUAGAUAUUCUACUGGAAUACUGUCAUUAUAAUUUGACUAAGUACAUAGAUGCUCUUAAAGUAGCUCUGAUGAAUGGUGACUUGAACAUUAUCUUAGCUAUAGCAGAAAAAAUUCCUGAUACUGAAACCAUCGUGAAUGUAUGCAACUCCAAUACUGCUCGCACACGCCUCCGUAACCUUCAAUUAGCUCUCCCAUCAUUCAGGAGAUCACAUAAAGAAGACUGUUUGAAAUUAUUGAUUGCGAUUCUAGUUAAAAUGAGAUCUACCUCCAAACUCGCCAAUUUCGUUGAAUCAGAAGAAUUUAAAUUCCUUGAAGCUGCAGAGCUGAAUAAAUGGUACACACAAUGCGAAUUAGAAGUGAUGAACAUGCAGGAAAAGAAAAUUCAUCCACAAUUUGAUAUAACUUUCUACGACAUUUUAACGAAACCUGUAAGUAAACUGGCUAGCUUUGUCAGAAACAAAAAUUUGAUGCAAAUCCUGGAUUCUGGUUGUUUUAAAGAAUUUCCGGCGUAUAUCAUAUGCCUGGAAAGAAGUAUUGAAAAAGGAAAAGCCAGAAAAGAACUAAUAGAAUUGAGCAGUGAAUGCUUCUUAAAUUUGAUUGGAGAGCAUUGCAAGAUUCAAUUACCGAGUCUCAUUGUCGAUAAAAUAUUCGAGUAUCUUUCUGUAACGGAUUUGCGUAAACUAUCCGCAACGAUACACAAAAAACCCUGUUCCUACGAAGGAUCCUUAUAUGGCUUCCGUGCUUCUGUAAAAAGGAAAUAAAUAUUGUAACGUUGCCCCUCUUAAUAAAAUUUUUAUAUAAUGACUUGCUUUAUAAAAAAUUAACUUGCACUAUAUUCUAGUUUUGUCGUGCAGUUUAAAUGUUAACUUUCGAGCAAUCGAAAAUAUGUCUUUAAUUGAUGCGUUAUGAUGUAUGGAAAAUUUAAUUUUUGGCAUAACAAUAAAAACAAAUAAGUAUUG